AAUUAAAAAAUUGACAAUUGCAAAAUUGCGGUCCGGAUUCCACAAAACUGCACGUGUACCUACUUUCCCAUUCCUGGAGUUGCAACUGUUUCCAUCCACCACCGUCCACCGUCCACCGUCCACCGCCCACCGGCAGAAAUUGUAACAAAGAAUGGCGCUUGCGAAAGGAGUAUGCCUUAACCACAUAGCCAGAGAAUCAGCUGACGUCAAACGCCUCGCCGCUUUUUACCAACAGGUACUAGGAUUUGAGCAAAUACAGAGUCCUAAAUUCGGCGAAUUUGAGGUGAUCUGGCUGAAGCUUCCCCCAUCUUUCUCUCUCCAUCUCAUCCAGAGGGAUCCUUCAAUUAAACUCCCUGAAGGUCCGUCUACUUUCAAAGAUCCUAAGAACCUUCCUAGAGGACAUCAUCUCGCCUUCACUGUCUCCAAUUUCGAUCAUGUUGUUCAAUUUCUCAAGGAGAAGGGAAUUGAGACAUUUCAAAAGACUCAACCAGAUGGAAAGACCAAACAGUUGUUUUUCUUUGAUCCAGAUGGUAAUGGCUUAGAAGUCGUGAGCUGUUGAACUCUCCAUCUCAGUAAAAGUGACUUUCUUUUCUACUGUAAUUUUAGUUGUUAAAUAAGAUUUGUGUUAUGGUAAUACUUGAAGCAGACCUGCGUAAGAAAGUUAUGAAACUCGAGAUCUAAAGUUAUGAUCUUAGCUCUACCUUUGUUUGGAUAGUCAACUGAUUUCUUAAACUUGAGCUCUUGUAUUCAAGACUGAUCUCAACUUUGGAGACCUUGUAAAUGUAGUUGAAAUUGUUGUUUA